UAAUAUUUUAAAAAGCGAGCAUAUGCCUGGAAAGAGCGCAACACAGUGCCACGGAUACUAAGACAAGGAUGGAAAUUAGGAAAUAGAGUGAAUGUGCCCAUAAUAAGAAGACAGUGACAGGUUUACAUUCAGGAUUAUGCAUGGUUCCCUUAGGCAAUAAUAUUACCCCGCAUGCAAUAGAAACAUAGCCUAGUAAGGGGUGAAUAUUUAUUAUAAACGUUCCAUUUAUUGCAUGCUCUCUUCCUCUCGCAACUCUACAUUUUUUCUCACACGUCUGCCGCGCGCGUAAUUGCUCACAAUCUCUCCCUCCCUCCUUCGCUUGUGCCACUCAGUCAUUCACUCUCUCUCUCUCCGCACGCACACACGCGCUCUCUCACUUUUCGUGGGAGAAAGUAGGAAAGGGGAGAGAGAACGAGAGAGAAAGGAGAGGGAGUGAAUUCAGGUCUCUCUCUGCUCUCUCCGCUGUGGGCACUCAUAUCCACUCCGCUGACUCAAUGGGGCUUUAGCACUUGGAAUAUAAAAUCAAAUAUUUAUUGAUCGUACCCCUUUUACUAUUUAAAUGUUGUACAUAGCAUAGGUAGAUAUAGGUAGAUAUAGGUAACUUAUUAAAUAAGCGUUGUUGUUUUUUGCCUCACAGAAGGUCCAGUCGAAAUUCUCUUCCACUGACUUUCUGUGAGAGAGGAUAUCUAAUUUGAACAUAUCCGAUCAUAUAGUCCAGCGUCAAACAGCUACAAAACAAUGGAUAUUCGAGAUUGCCCUUUUCGGAAGAAGCGGAGACCAUGGAGCGUGGACCUUUCCUCUUUUGCCUUGGUAACUCUGAUGCUCGCGCUGUGCCAACUACCCGUGGCUCGAGCAGAUCCAGUGGAUGUGUUGCGGAUGCUGCAGCUGCCCUCUCUCCCCGAGGGGGUGCGGAAGGUUCCAGGCUUCUGCACCUCCCGGCGCGCCGGUACCGCUGACCACGCCUACCGCAUCUCAAAGAAGGCCCAGAUCUCUGCCCCUACCAAUCAGCUCUUCUCAGGUCGUUUCCCGGAGAACUUCUCCAUCAUGGCUCUGGUCAAGGCCCAUGCGGGCCUCCAGGCCUUCCUGCUGUCCAUCUACAGUGAGCAGGGUGUCCAGCAGCUGGGGGUGGAGCUGGGACGUUCCCCUGUCUUCCUGUACGAGGACCAGACCGGCAAGCCCGCGCCCGAGGACUACCCCCUCUUCAGUGGCGUCAACCUGGCCGACGGCAAGUGGCAUCGCAUCGCUAUCUCUGUGUCGAAGAAGAACGUCACUCUGCUCCUGGACUGUAAGAAGCGCAUGACCAGGGCCUUGCCCCGCAGCAAAAGCCCUGUGGUGGACACCAAGGGCAUCACCGUGUUCGGAGCACGCCUGCUGGAUGAGGAGGUCUUCCAGGGUGAUAUCCAACAGCUGCUGAUCGCAUCCAACCCUCAAGCUGCUUAUGACUUCUGUGAACACUACAGCCCCGACUGUGACUCCCCUCUACCCAAAACCCAGUCCCAGGACCCCAACACAUACAAGGAUGCCAAUGGCAAUGCUGACAAACGCAAACCUGUAGUAGUUAAGGCUGUAAAACCUGUAGUAGUUAAGGCGGCAAAACCUGUAGUAGUUAAGGCGGCAAAACCCGUAGUAGUUAAGGCUGUAAAACCUGUAGUAAAGGCUGCAAAACCUGUAGUAAAGGCUGCAAAACCUGUAGUAAAGGCGGCCAAACCUGUAGAAGUUAAGGCGACAAAACCUGUAGUAGUUAAGGCAGCAAAACCUGUAGUAGUUAAGGCUGCAAAACCUGUAGUAGUUAAGGCUGCAAAACCUGUAGUAGUUAAGGCGGCAAAACCUGCCCCAUCCAAACCUGCGAAAGCAGAGAUUGCCAAGCUUGAGGCCAAAGCUGCCGCACCUGCCACAGCCAAACUAGCUCAAACCGAACCUGCUGCCACCAAGCCCACCAAAGCCAAGCCUUCCCCGGCCAAACAAGCCAAAGCCAAACCAACUGCAAUUGAAGUCCUCCUGGCCAAGAUCAAACCCACUGCAGUCACACCAGUGGUCAAGCCCACACCUGCCACAAAAAAUGGCGGUGGGAAAAAUGUCAAUGGCAAGCCUGUAGUAGAGAAGAAACUAAAUGGUAAUUCCAGGGUCAAUGGCAAUGCCCAACCUGUAGUUGAGAAGAAAGUAAAAGGUGAGGCCAAAGUUAAUGGCAACGGUAAAACUGCUGAGGAUAAGAAAGUUAAUGGUGAUGGGAAAAGGGUCAGUUACAGAAACGCUAAUGUCAACGGUGUAGGGGCAGCCAAACCUGGAACCACUAAAGCCCCGACAGAAAGAAAAGUCACCAAAGUUCAAAUAGACAAAACUGUGGUCAGCAAAGUGAAACCAGCAAAACCAGAAACCGAAGUCAAAGUUAAAGUAGUAAAAACGGAGAUCACUAAAGCCAAACCAACAGAGUCGGUCGUCAUCAAAGUUCCUCCCUUCCCCAAACCUGCGCCAAAGAAUGAGCUGCCAGAGAAAACCAAGGUGGCGCUUGAUGUAAAUAACAUCAAAUCGAUGACCCAAAAAAUGCCUCCCUUUGGCAAGACUGCACUCAGUGGCACCGUCGUCCCUGUGCCGGGAAAACCAAAGAAGAAACCGGGCAACGGUUAUCAACAGGAUGUAGAAACGGCAAAUUCUGAGGCUGGCCACACCCCUACAGAGUCGGAUUAUUAUUAUGAGGAGGCGGUCCUACAGCCAGAGAGUGAGGUGAUUGGACAAGAAGCGACCACUGGCCAGGUGGAGGGAACGUUGGUGGCAGAGGAGGUAGAGUUGGCCAAGGCAGGGGGUGAGGUCGAGGCCUUUACUGAGGAGGAGUAUGUGACCGGAGACCUGGGCAUGAAGGAAUACGAUUAUUCCUACAAGGACUACAACGAGCCCCUGGCCGAGGGAGAGACCGGGGGCAACAUGGGCCCCGCCCUGUCCGCUGUGACAGACGAGGGAGGCGCCUCAGUGAGCGCCGUAAAAGGCGAGAAGGGAGAGCCUGCUGUCCUUGAGCCUGGCAUGUUGAUUGAGGGACCUCCGGGACCAGAGGGACAGGCAGGUCUCCCAGGACCUAAUGGCCCAUCUGGCCCUCCUGGCUCUGUCGGUGAUCCUGGCGAGAGGGGCCUCCCUGGAAAGGCUGGUAUCGCUGGUGCCGAUGGGGUGCCAGGCCCUCCUGGAACGUCCGUCAUGCUGCCCUUCCGUUUCGGAAGCAGUGGAGGUGACAAGGGUCCCAUGGUCUCAGCGCAGGAAGCCCAGGCUCAGGCCAUUCUGUCUCAGGCCAGGCUGGCUCUGAAGGGACCACCCGGACCAAUGGGCUACACUGGACGCACAGGACCCCUGGGUACCCCUGGAAGUGCUGGGCUGAAGGGUGAAGGUGGGGAUCCUGGACCUCAGGGCCCCAGAGGACCACAGGGUUUGAGCGGACCUCCCGGCAAAUCAGGACGAAGAGGUCGUGCUGGAGCUGAUGGAGCCAGGGGCAUGCCAGGAGAGGGUGGGCCUAAGGGUGACCGCGGUUUCGAUGGCCUGCCUGGAUUGCCUGGGGACAAAGGACACAGGGGUGAUACCGGAGGAUUGGGACCCCAAGGAGGUCCUGGAGAGGACGGAGAGAGGGGAGACGACGGAGACAUCGGACCCAGAGGACUUCCAGGUGAACCAGGACCUCGUGGUUUGCUCGGUCCUAAAGGUCCGAACGGAAUCUCCGGACCUCCUGGUGUGCGUGGAAACGACGGGCCCCACGGUCCUAAAGGAAACCUGGGUCCCCAAGGAGAGCCAGGCCCCCCAGGGCAGCAGGGUACCUCAGGAACACAGGGAAUGCCAGGACCACAGGGAGCCCAUGGGCCCCCAGGAGAAAAGGGCCCCACAGGGAAACCCGGUCUGCCAGGCAUGUCCGGAGCCGACGGCCCCCCUGGUCACCCAGGAAAGGAGGGACCUGUUGGCACCAAAGGAAACCAGGGCCCCAACGGUCCUCAGGGAACAUUAGGCUAUCCUGGCCCUCGUGGCAUUAAGGGAACUCAAGGUAUCCGUGGACUGAAGGGUCACAAAGGAGAGAAGGGAGAAGAUGGCUUCCCUGGAAUCAAAGGAGACUUUGGUGUCAAGGGGGAGAGAGGAGAGGGUGGAGUGCCCGGUCCCAGGGGAGAGGACGGUCCUGAGGGGCCAAAGGGCCGCGUUGGCCCCCCUGGCGAGCUUGGACCCAUCGGCCUGGUCGGAGAGAAGGGUAAACUUGGUGUCCCUGGACUUCCUGGCUAUCCUGGAAGACUUGGACCUAAGGGCUCCCUCGGUUUCCCAGGAUUCCCUGGGACCAACGGCGAGAAAGGAACACGGGGUCUGAUUGGAAAGCUGGGACCCAGAGGACAAAGAGGACCAACGGGCCCCAGAGGUCAGAGAGGACCGAGAGGAUCUACUGGCAAACCAGGAGCCAAAGGUACAUCAGGAAGUGACGGCCCAUCUGGUCCACCAGGAGAGAGGGGAUUGCCCGGACCUCAAGGAGCAAACGGUUUCCCGGGGCCAAAGGGACCUCCCGGACCACCAGGGAAGGAUGGACUGCCCGGACACCCUGGACAGAGAGGAGAAGUUGGAUUCCAAGGAAAGACUGGGCCACCCGGGCCUCCAGGUGUUGUUGGACCUCAAGGUCCCUCAGGAGAGACUGGCCCCCUGGGCGAGCGCGGUCACCCCGGGCCUCCAGGACCACCAGGCGAGCAAGGACUCUCCGGACCCUCUGGCAAGGAGGGAACUAAAGGAGACCCUGGUCCCCAAGGCGGCCCCGGCAAAGAUGGACCCUCAGGACUGAGAGGCUUCCCCGGAGAGAGAGGAAUGCCUGGCACCCCGGGAGGCGGCGGACUGAAAGGAAGCGAAGGCCCAGCAGGACCUCCCGGAACAGCUGGAUCCCCAGGCGAGAGAGGGCAGGGAGGCAGUGGAGGCCCCAUCGGACCCCCAGGAAGACCUGUGAUGUCAGACCGAGUCAUUGUACAGAGCUGUGAUGGGGCCUCAGAGCAGGACCAUCAGCUGUGGAGAGAAACCGAGUCAUUGUACAGAGCUGUGAUGUCAGACCGAGUCAUUGUUCUUCUCUAUUCUCUAUGUCUUAUAUGUUCUCUCCCCCACCACCUUCCCUCUCAGGGGGAGAAAGGUCCGAUCGGCCCGGCCGGUCGUGACGGUGUCCAGGGCCCAGUGGGUCUGCCAGGUGCUGCCGGAUCCAUCGGAGUUCCAGGAGAGGAUGGAGACAAGGGUGAGGUUGGAGAGCACGGCCAGAAGGGAGCGAAGGGCGGCAAAGGAGAGCAUGGUCCUCCCGGUCCACCAGGGCCAAUGGGUCCACUCGGUCAGCCCGGCACUGCUGGAGCUGAUGGAGAACUAGGAGCCAGAGGUCAGCAGGGGCCAUUUGGGGCCAAGGGAGAUGAAGGAUCGAGAGGAUUCCCAGGGGCCCCAGGUCCCAUUGGACUGCAGGGAUUGCCAGGCCCAUCAGGAGAGAAGGGAGAGACGGGAGAUGUCGGACCAAUGGGUCCACCUGGCCCCCCAGGACCCCGUGGCCCUGCUGGUUCAAGCGGCGCUGACGGUCCUCAAGGUCCUCCUGGUGGUGUGGGUAACCCUGGAAACCUGGGAGAUAAGGGAGAGCCUGGCGAAGCCGGACCACCUGGAAUCGGAGGAGAGCCAGGAAAGAAGGGCCCACGUGGAGAACACGGAGACAAGGGAGAGGCGGGACAACCUGGUACUUCUGGCCCUGCUGGUGGAAGAGGAGGCCCUGGAGACGACGGACCCAAGGGAAACCCUGGCCCUGUUGGUUUCCCAGGCGACCCCGGGCCCCCUGGUGAACUCGGCCCCAGAGGUCAGGACGGAGCAAAGGGAGAGAGAGGAGAGGACGGUGAACAAGGACAAGCUGGAUCUCCUGGACCCACUGGUGAGAACGGGCCUCCUGGAGGACCAGGAAAGAGGGGUCUUGCUGGAACGAGAGGACCAGAGGGACGACAGGGAGAGAAGGGAACUAAGGGAGAUCCAGGUGCCAACGGACCUCCAGGAAAGACAGGCCCCGUCGGACCUCAGGGUCAACCAGGAAAACCAGGAACUGAGGGUCUGAGAGGACUCCCUGGAUCAGUGGGCGAGCAGGGUUCUCCGGGCCUUUCCGGCCAGAAGGGACCUCCCGGACCGCUGGGACCGCCAGGUUUGCCAGGACUGCGCGGCGAGGGUGGUGACAAGGGAGAGAAGGGACACUCGGGUCUGAUUGGUCUGAUUGGGCCCACCGGAGAGCAGGGAGAGAAGGGAGACAGGGGACUGCCAGGGCCACAGGGGACACACGGAUCCAAGGGAGAGACUGGUGUUUCUGGAGGCACUGGGCCCAUCGGUCCUGGUGGCCCUGCUGGUAUGCCCGGUCCUGAAGGUGUGAAGGGAGCUAAGGGUGCUACAGGAGGAGCUGGUCCCAAGGGAGAGAAGGGUGUCUCAGGACCCCCCGGGCCUCCAGGUCCUCCAGGCGAAGUCAUCCAGCCGAUGCCCAUCCAAAUCUCCAAGAAGUCCAAGCGCUCCAUCGACGCCAGCCGGAUGCUGUCUGAGACAGACGCAGAGUCGGCUGCAGCCGACGCCACCGGCACAGAGUUCCUGACAGGCAGUGAGGGCAUGGAGGAGAUCUUCGGCUCACUGAACUCGCUGCGACAGGAGAUUGAGACCAUGCGCUUCCCUCUGGGCACCAAGGACAGCCCCGCACGCACCUGCCAGGACCUCAAACUCAGCCAGCCAGAGCUCAAGGACGGAGAGUACUGGAUCGACCCCAACCAGGGUUGCUCUCGCGACUCUCUCAAGGUGUUCUGCAACUUCACCGCUGGUGGGGAGACGUGUCUGUACCCCAGCAAGAGCGUGGACACGGUAAAGCUCAACUCUUGGACCACGGAGAAACCGGGCUCCUGGUACAGUGAGUUUGCAACUGGCAGCAAGCUUUCGUACGUGGACUCGAAUGGCGAGCCGAUCGGCGUGGUCCAGUUGGGCUUCCUGCGGUUGCUGAGUGUCCAGGCCCGCCAGAAUUUCACCUAUCACUGCCACCGCUCCGUGGCCUGGGCCGACCGCACUGCCAAUAACGGCCACAAGAGGGCGCUGCACUUCCAGGGCGCCAACGAUGAGGACCUCAGCUACGAGACCAGCCCAUAUAUCAAGGCCCUGGUCGACGGCUGCUCUUAUCGUAAGGGCUUCGACAGGACAGUGGUGGAGGUGAACACGCCCCAGGUGGAGCAGCUUCCUCUGCGGGACCUCAAGAUCACAGACUUUGGGGAGAGCAACCAGAAAUUUGGCUUUGAAGUGGGACCUGUCUGUUUCCUGGGCUAACACACCGUACAGAGAAAUGAGAAACACAUAUAGAAUAUACACUUACAAUGAUGCACACACACUCUGUCACACACACACUCAUGCACUUAACACAAACAUUGACACAUUUGCAUAGACAUGGCAAUAUACAGUACAUGCCCAGUAAUUUGUACAUUUAUUUCAGGAUAUCAAACACACACACACACACACACACACACACACAGUUGUGAAACGGACAUGCACUCACUCAAGUGUAUGCCCAGGGGAAAACAUCUCCCAAAUAGACAACAAGAAAAAAAAGUAGAACGCAAACAUUCUCGCGAAGAGGAGACCAAAGAUCGAUUGCAAGAAUGAGAGAUGGCGUUCAGACCGUCAACAGAAUUAAAAACAGUGUUCUUUUCCAACGAACAGCUGGGUCAAAGACCCGUCUUCUCCUUCCGUACACGCCAGAGCCACCUGUCGCGGACCCCCCCUUUCACUCCUCUCUCCUUCCCGCUGUCUCUCUACCGAGUUGUCUCAGCCACUCUACCUCUCUGCUUCGCCCUCACCACACACUUGUACCUCUCCUGCAUCCAAGCCCCACCCCAUCCUACAUCUCAUUUUCUGCCUCGCCACAUUAAAGGGAAACCAACGAAGGAACGGGAGUUCCACGAAGGCCUGACGGUUCAGAGACGACCAGGAAAGUCUACUGUACGUCCAUGUUGUCUAGCUAAGUGACUUUUCUCCAUCUCCACCAGUGAAAUUCUAUACCAAACAAACCAACUAUACCAGCCUAACAUCAGUUACACUAAAGCAGGUCAAAUAUAAUGCAGGCGGAUGAGUCUAAACUUUACGGUGCUUUGUGGAGAUGGAGUGGAAGCAGAUCUGUGACAUCUCUAGCUUUACCGCGGCUCUAACCUUAAGGUGUGACUAUGAACAGCCUUUUACUCAAUACUGUAGUAAUAUAGUCCUAACAGCAACGUACUGUCUCUGAGCUGCAUGGCUGUUUAUUUUGGGGCCAAUAAUGUUGCAUGCAAUGGGACGGAAGGGUGUCUAUGCCUUCUCCAAGGACCAAUGAAUCAAAAGCCAUGAACCUUGUAAAUUGUACUGAACUGUGACGUGUGGAACAUUUCUUUGUAAUCAAUGUUACAACUGUCAUAGACAGUCCAGAACUGUAGUUCCUAGACAAGCGAAUGGGCCAGAAUGCCAUCAAACCAGUCUAGUACUUACAGGUCUGGAAUUUCAUUGCUGUUUCAUGUAGAACACAGGGUUACAUUACAGGAUUUGUGACAUUCCGUCUCUUUUCAAGCAGGGAAGGUAUCAGGGUUAAAUAUGUAUAUGAGCUGAAUAGAUGACGACCCAACGUUCUCUCUUACAGCGGUGAAUAAAUGCUUGCUUUCAAAAAACUGUGGCACGGUGCUAAUUAUACCAAAGCGUUAAUAUAUUCAGCGUGAAUAAUUCAAGUUUGACUCCAUCACAGCCGCACGAUGUCGUCACCAGUUCUACUGGAAAUGUGCAAUCGAAUCCAUUUGUACAGACAUAGUGAUAUUCUAUUGUAUUUAUUGAAAACUAAACAGGGUGCUUCAAACAACGACAAAAACCAAAUAUGACAGUCGAAUGUGGUAUUUCAUUUUGUAUUUAUUUCCUGUAGUUCUCACUUGGCGGUCUUAAAACAAUUAAAUACAUAUUAAACUAUCACUAAACCGAGUUAUCUGUGCACACCCCCCUUUGGUCUAUGAAUGUCAACAGUUCUGGUGGGGGGGGGGGGGGCACGUGGCCAUAUCUCAUUGUAACCAUUUAGCAUUCAUCGACUGUACUGUGCUGUUAUGAUUGCUUCUACUGUAAUGAUUAAAUGGUGACUCUCCAUUGCGGGUUGCCACUGCUUGGCUGAGCUGUGCUGCAGGAGUAUGGCGAGGGCGACAGACACCAGGAUUCUGCGGUUGUGAGAAUACAGCGGGCAGGGGACAGCUAGCGGGAGGGAUGGAAGAUUCUAGCAACCACGUGGGCAAAUAUUACAAAGAUUUUGUUUCGAAGUGAUGUACUGUGGCUAUGGGGUUGUAUAUCAUUAUGGGUAUUUUGGUUUGUGUGUUUUGGUUCGUUUUUCUUUUGACAUUGCAGAGAAGGGGGGGGGGGGGUUGACAAACUAAAACCUGAGGUGAUUCGCGAGAUAAAAUUACAUUGAUUGUUUUUUGUUGUUGUUAAAGACAAACAAAUAUUUCAACAAAAUAUGGUGCUGAAAAGACAAAAAGUAUUAUUUUAUAAUGUAAGUAAUUUUUACAUGUUUUGUUUCUGUAAUAUAUCAUCUUUUUAAAAAUAGCUUCUUGACUCCCUUGUGUUUUUUUCCUCGUCCCUCCGUUUCAUCCUCUCUCAACUGGCUGGUGUUACAUGUUACCCAGAGCUACACAAUAACUAGUCAUGAUUUUAUUUCUCUUCAUUCAGUCAGCUGAAUAUAACCACAUCAUUCACAAUCUCCAGUGAACUGACCACCAGAAUCAGUCAGAUCCCAACCUUAUUUCCACUAUAUCACCUCAUCAGCCCCCCCCUCUCUUUUCCCCUCUACUGUCCAGUGCUCAGUGUUGUUUUCCUUCUCUGUUUACUGUUAGUUUUUGUUUUGCUUUAGUUUCACUGUUUCGUUGUUCUUGGCUUGUUGUUUUCUGUUCAACGUCUCCAAUUAAACCACAUGCCAACGCAUUUUCUCUGUGUUCA